CGGCUCAGUGCGGCGCUGGGAAACAGCCACUCAGUGAUGGAAACUAAGUAACCAGCGAAGCUUUUCUUCAGCCAAGAACCUCCCUACGUCCUCCAGGGAAACGAUACAACCGCGUCGAUAAGAAGGGUCCCCGCUGGCUGACGGCUCCCCGGGUGGCUCUCCCCCGAAGCGGCGGACCGCUUGCCUCCAGCAGCCAUCUUUUGUGACAGAAUGUACGGGGAGACGCGCUGGGCCUGCUCGGGCUCCGGCUCCGGCCCCGGCAGGAGGUUGUUGAUGCUUACAACUGCGCUGCUGCUCUCGGCCGUCGUGCUCCUCUCCGGGCUGCCGGCUUUCACCGAGGCAAAGGAAUGCGACAAACCGUGCAUGAAUGGGCAGUGUAACAACGCCACGGGCAGCUGUUUGUGUUUCCCCGGCUGGGUUGGGGACCAAUGCCAGCACUGCGGAGGGCGAUUCAGGCUUACCGGACCGUCUGGUCACCUGACGGAUGGUCCAGGAAACUAUCAGUACAAGACCAAGUGCACCUGGCUCAUUGAGGGACAACCAAACACCAUUCUGCGAUUACGAUUCAACCACUUUGCCACUGAAUGCAGCUGGGACCAUCUCUACGUGUACGACGGCGACUCCAUUUAUGCCCCCCUGCUGGCUGCUUUCAGUGGUUUGAUUGUUCCUGAACAAUAUGGGAAUGAGACGGUUCCUGAGGUGGUGUCUCAGUCUGGCUACGCCCUGCUGCACUUCUUCAGCGAUGCCGCCUACAACCUCACAGGCUUCAAUAUUUCAUACAGGGUGAACACAUGUCCAAACAACUGCUCUGGCCGAGGUGAGUGCAGAGUGGGGAACUCCACUGCUUUGGUUUACUGUGAGUGUGAAGCCAACUGGAAGGGGGAAGCCUGUGACAUCCCAUACUGCCUGGAUGACUGCGGCUAUCCUGAAAGAGGUCACUGCCAGGAAAAGAGCUGCAUCUGUAAAGCAGGAUGGCAAGGUCCAGGCUGCUCCGUCUCGGUUCCUGCCAAUUCCUCCUUUUGGAGCCGUGAGGAGUACCUUGAAGCCGGGCUGGCCAGAGCGUCCCACAAGGCUGUAGUAGACCAGGGAAUCAUGUGGGUCAUCGGAGGCUAUGUCUUUAACACCUCUGACUAUCACAUGGUCAAAGCGUAUAACCUGAGCAGGAAGACAUGGAUGACCCUGGACCCCUCUGUCAACACGGUCACCCCGCGAUACGGCCACUCUUUAGCUCUGCAUGAGGGGAAGAUCUAUAUGUAUGGAGGAAAAAUUGAUUCAACUGGAAAUGUGUCCAGUCAGCUCUGGGUUUUCCACAUCCAGAACCAAACGUGGGUCCUUCUGAACCCCUGGCUCAAUGACCAGUAUCCUGUGGUGGGACAUUCAGCCCACAUAGUCCCUCCCAUCCGAGACGGGGAAGAUCCUGUCAUGCUCGUCCUGUUUGGACACUGUCCUCUUUACGGUUACGUCAGCCGUGUGCAAGAAUACAACAUUGUCAAAAACAAGUGGAGCUUCUUGAGUACAGAAGGCGCUUUGGUCCAAGGAGGCUACGGCCACAGCAGUGUUUUUGACCCCAGCACCAGAGCCAUCUACAUCCACGGGGGCUACAAGGCCUUCAGUGCAAACAAGUAUGGCCUGGCAGGAGACCUGUACAAGUUUGAUGUGGACAAAAGGAAAUGGACCGUUUUGAGAGACAGUGGCUUCUUCCGUUACCUUCACACGGCGGUUAUAGUGAGCGGCACCAUGUUGGUGUUUGGAGGAAACACGCACAACGACACAUCCAUGAGCCACGGUGCCAAGUGCUUCUCCGCUGAUUUCCUGGCCUACAGUUUGGCGUGUGACGAAUGGACAGUGAUGCCUCGACCAGACCUCCACCAUGAUGUCAACCGCUUUGGACACUCUGCUGUCAUCAGCGACAGUGUGAUGUACGUGUUCGGCGGUUUCAACAGCCUGCUGCUGAGCGACGUCCUGAUGUACACCUCGCCCAGCUGCUCGGCCUUUUCCAGCCUGGAGUCCUGCAGCCGGGCCUGGCCUGGGAUCCACUGCAUGUGGAACAGCAGCCAGGAAGCCUGCCUGCCGUGGGAGAGCAACAGCUCCAGUCCUGAUCCUCAGCUCCCGGCCUCCUGUAGCACCAGGUCAUAUGUUGACGAUGAGCGUUGUGAGCAGUACACAGACUGCUACAGCUGCACGGCCAACACAAACGGCUGCCAGUGGUGCUCAGGGAAGUGUCUGUCUCUGGGGAGCAACUGCACCGCUUCCACGGGAUCCAUAUCAGAGUAUGAAAGCUGCCCCAAAGACAAUCCUUCCUUUGUGUGCAACAAGAAAACCAGCUGCAAAAGCUGCUCUGUGGACCAGAACUGCCAGUGGGAUAAUCGCAACCAGGAUUGUAUCUCACUGCCAGAGAACGUGUGCGGUGAAACCUGGCACCUCGUGGGCAACUCUUGUCUGAAGUUCAACACAACCAGCGAGUCAUACGAUAAUGCCAAGCUGGCCUGCAGGAACCACAACGCCGUCCUGGCCUCCCUCACCACGCAGAAGAAGGUGGACUUCGUCCUGAAGGAGCUGCAGAUCAUGAACGUCUUGUAUAAGACCACAAUGACUCCCUGGGUGGGACUGAGGAAGAUCAACGUGUCCUAUUGGUGCUGGGAGGAACUGUCGCCCUUCACCAACACAACCCUGCAGUGGCUGCCCGGAGAGCCAAGUGACGCAGGAUUUUGUGGCUACCUGGCUGAACCGUCCUCCGUUGGACUGAAGGCCCAAUCCUGCAUCAACCCAGUGAAUGGCAGCCUGUGUGAGCGACCUGCAAACCACAGUGCCAAGCAGUGCAAGAGCCCGUGUGCCAUGCGGAACACCUGCAGCGAGUGCACCAGCGGCACCUCGGAGUGCAUGUGGUGCAGCAACAUGAAGCAGUGCGUCGACUCCAACGCCUACGUUGCCUCCUUCCCGUUUGGGCAAUGCAUGGAGUGGUACACUUUGAGCAGCUGUCCGCCUGAAAACUGUUCUGGCUACAGGACAUGUGGUCAGUGUUUGGACCAGCCAGGUUGCGGUUGGUGCACGGACCCCAGUAACACAGGAAAGGGCCAGUGCAUCGAGGGUUCCUAUCGAGGACCCUUCCAGACUCUGGUCCCGGCUCCGUCCACCUCGCCUGGUCUGCCUGCCAGUCCGCAGCCUUCACUAAACUCCAGCAUGUGUCCAAGUGAAGCCAAAUAUAACUGGUCCUUCAUCCACUGUCCAGCUUGUCAGUGUAAUGGUCACAGUCAGUGCGUCAAUGAGAGCGUGUGUGAAAAGUGCGAGGAUCUGACAACCGGCCGCCACUGCGAGAGCUGCAUCUCCGGCUUCUACGGGGAUCCGACCAAUGGGGGCAGCUGCCAGCCCUGUAAGUGUAAUGGCCACGCCAGUAUGUGCAACCCCAACAAUGGCAAGUGCUUUUGCACCACUAAAGGCAUCAAAGGAGAUAGAUGCCACAUGUGUGAAGUGGAAAGCCGUUACCAAGGCAACCCCCUCAAAGGGACAUGCUACUACACGCUCCUCAUCGACUACCAGUUCACCUUCAGCCUGUCGCAGGAGGACGACCGCUACUACACCGCCAUCAACUUUGUGGCCACACCUGACGAGCCAAGCCGUGAUCUAGACAUGUUUAUCAAUGCCUCCAAGAACUUCAAUCUGAACAUCACCUGGGCUACGAGUUUUACAGCAGGCACCCAGACUGGAGAGGAGAUUCCCAUCGUCUCACGGAGCAACAUCAAAGAGUUCAAAGAAAGCUUCUCCAACGAGAACUUUGAUUUCCGAAACAGCCCAAACAUAACAUUCUUUGUCUACGUCAGCAACUUCACCUGGCCCAUUAAGAUCCAGAUUGCCUUCUCCCAGCACAGCAACUUUAUGGACUUGGUGCAGUUCUUCGUCACGUUCUUCAGCUGCUUCCUGUCCCUGCUGCUGGUGGCCGCUGUGGUGUGGAAAAUCAAACAGAGCUGCUGGGCGUCACGACGACGGGAACAACUGCUGAGGGAGAUGCAGCAGAUGGCCAGUCGGCCUUUUGCCACCAUCAACGUGGCUUUGGAAGCUGACGAAGAGCCACCCGACCUGAUAGGAGGAAACGUCAAGUCCGUUCCAAAACCUAUUGCCCUUGAGCCUUGCUUUGGCAACAAAGCCGCUGUGCUCUCCAUCUUUGUACGGUUACCCAGGGGCACCGGCGGCAUCCCUCCUCCAGGACAGUCUGGUCUGGCGGUGGCCAGCGCUCUGGUCGACGUCUCCCAGCAGAUGUGUGUCGGCUACAAGGAGAAGUCUGGAGGCCUGAGGAGUCGCAAACAGCAGCCUUCAGCGCAGCCGUCCACCUGCAUCUGAGCGCAGCUCCCACCGUCCCUGCACCCACUGCUCUUCAUCGCCCCCCCCUCCCAUUCCUCUUCCUCAGCCCCCUGUUUUUAUAGGCUUCUGCCAGCUCCGCUCUGGCAGAGAGAGGUGCAUGCUGGGAAGUAGUACUGAACACUUUCAUGAGUUCUGAACAAAGCCUCAGUGACCCCCCCAACCACCCCCCUAAAACUGUAGAACUAACAGGGACAAGGACGGGGGGGGGCGCAUUGAGAGAGGACCAGAGGAGACACCGACUCCUCCCCUUCCUCCAUGAAACACAUUUUACAUUCGAUGACCUCGCCUCGGUGGUGACGAGGCGCCGCGGCUCGCUGCUAGAGAUCCUUAGUCUCGUAGUUUUUCAAAACAUCCAGACUUUGCAACCUUUAAUGUUUAUGUUUUAUUUAAAUUAUUCUUGGUCUUUUGUUCCAUUUUUAUUUUAUUGUGCGGAAGGAAAAAAAAAAAAAAAAGAGAAAAAAACUGGAAAAGCCUAGCUGCACACACUCCAGGAAAACACAGCUUUCCAGUUUAUGAGCCCGCUGUGUUGUUAACAGCUCGGCACUGAGGGCAGCUUAUCGGGCGUCUGGGCGACAUGGUGGCGUGUUUGGCCCUUCGGGUAACGAGGAUCCACUGUGGGGUCUCUCCCUGUGCAGCCAAACCAGACCAAAGAGUCUGACAUUUCCAAUCAGCCUGUGUGGAGCUGCCCACCUGGAACUAUCUCUGUUUUUUUGAGCAGCCCCUAAACCUGGAUGGAGCCACCUGGUAAAGCCUCAACAAGUCGAUCUGCUUUAUGAGCUUAGUGGAAGCUAUUUGCUUGUUACCAUCCAGGCAGCUUCACAUCAUUAAAUAAAUACAGGUGGUCAUGUGAUACGAGCUUCUAUUAAAGUAUUGUGACUCUUAGGCUUCUACACAGGCUGUUCUCUCAUUGUUAGCUAUGAAAUCUGUAUCCAUACCUUCUAUGGGAUCAGCUAAACCCUUGGCUUUAAAUGGAUGUUCUCCUGUCGAUGGAUCCAAUGCCAGCAUUUAAACGGUACCAAACAGAUUGGGUGUACGGGCAUGUCAACUGGUGACUAAACUUUUCUCAGCUCUGUGAUUUUUUUUUUUCUUUCUAACUUACAACCCAUCAUUUAUUUUAUAUCUCAUUCAUUUUACUGAAAGAAGAAUCCAAAGGAAUCAAAUGUAACACCUGCUGGUGUCAUUAGAGAUGCACAGAUUAUCUGACUGAUUUUAAAUGUCUAAUUUUCCUGAAAAAUAGUUGGAUCUCCAGAUUUUUAUGGAGUCACUUCUGAUUCAUUAUUGAUGCAAGCAAAGAAAAUGGAACUUUGAUUUCUCCGACUUUUUUAUAU